AUGGGUUGGAUGGAGAAUACCAACCGCAAGAUUGCGGUCAGUGCUGUUGGCCGUUGGUUCCAGCUCGAUGGCUCUGGUCAUCCUCGUGAGCGCAAGGGCUCUUUGUUCUUCACCGAAAUCCGAGCUGGCCUUGCCACCUUCUUCGCCAUGGCCUACAUCAUCGCCGUGAACUCCUCCAUUGUCUCCGAAUCCGGCGGUACCUGUGUUUGUCCUGCUUACAAAGACGGCGCAUGUGUGGUAGACGGUGAUUACCAGCUGUGUGUUGCUGAGGUCAAGCGUGAUGCAGUCACUGCUACUGCUGCUAUAUCUGCCCUCGCUACUUUCUUCAUGGGCCUGCUUGCCAAUCUCCCUGUCGGUCUUGCUCCUGGAAUGGGUCUCAAUGCCUAUUUCACCUAUACCGUGGUUGGCCCCAACGGCUCUGGUCCUGUGCCCUAUGAGCUUGCUCUGACAGCCAUUUUCAUUGAAGGCUUCAUCUUCUUUGGUCUUGCUUUGUUCGGUAUGCGUCAAUGGCUUGCUCGUGCCAUUCCUCGUUGCAUCAAGCUUGCCACCAGUGUUGGUAUUGGCCUGUUCUUGACGCUCAUCGGUCUCACCUAUAGCGAAGGCAUUGGUCUCAUUGUAGGCAGUGUCUCGACUCCUUUGGAACUGGCAGGCUGUGUGGAAAGCGCUCGGGACCCGGCUACGGGACUCUGCCCUUCUUCUGAGAAGAUGAGGAACCCUGCCAUGUGGAUUGGUAUCUUUUGCGGUGGUAUCUUUACUGUGUUACUCAUGAUGUAUCGUGUCAAAGGUGCCGUUAUUGCUGGAAUUUUGCUCGUCAGUAUCAUCUCUUGGCCACGUGACACCUCCGUCACAUACUUCCCGUACGAUACACUUGGUUCCGAUCGAUUCGACUUCUUCAAAAAGGUGGUCGAUUUCCACCAGAUCAAACGCACGCUCAACGUCCUCCAAUUCGAUAUCUCUGGCCACAGUGGCCAGUUCGGUCUUGCGCUCAUCACUUUCUUGUAUGUCGACAUUCUCGACUGCACCGGCACUCUGUAUGGUAUGGCUCGUUUCGCCAAUCUCGUCGAUCCUGAAACCCAAGACUUCGAGGGUUCAUCGAUUGCCUACAUGGUGGACGCCCUCAGUAUCUCCAUUGGUGCCGUUUUCGGCGUGCCCCCCGUUACUGCCUUUGUCGAAUCCGGUGCUGGUAUCUCUGAGGGUGGUAAGACUGGUAUCACCGCCAUGGUUGCUGGAAUCUGCUUCUUCAUCUCCAUCUUCUUCGCUCCUAUCUUCGCAUCCAUCCCUCCGUGGGCCACUGGCUGUGUUCUGAUUCUUGUCGGUUCUAUGAUGAUUGGCGCCGUUACGGAGAUCAACUGGAGAUAUAUGGGAGACGCCGUUCCGGCUUUCCUGACUAUCGCUAUCAUGCCAUUUGCGUACUCCAUUGCUGAUGGUCUGAUUGCUGGUAUUUGCACUUAUAUGUUGAUUAACACUGUUGUUUUGCUGAUCAAGGUUGCUUCUGGAGGGCGCAUUGUGCCGCCUAAUUAUGAUGAACGGGAUGGUUGGACUUGGCGCAUUCCUGGCGGUUUCUUGCCUCCUUGGAUGAAUCGACUCGCACAUGGGAAGAAGGAUUUCUGGCGUGAAGACUUCCCCCCUGCUGCCAACAACACGACUGUCAACCAGAACAACGUACUCGAGGAGACUGGGUCUGACCAUGGUGGAUCUGAGGGCGGCAAGGUGGCUGAGACGACUUUACCAGGCGAGAAGGCGACUUGA